AUGUUCACGGAUCAUCAUGGAAGUAGUGGUACUUUCAGUCCUCGAUGGCGAGACGGGGUAGCGGUACUUGACACAUCACCAUGUAGUCGUGCACUUGUCGAAGAGGAUCUUGGCGCAUCCAACAUGAAGCAACACAAAAGGGCCUCGGGUCUUGGUGGUCAACAAAGAGAGGCGGCCCUGGAUGGAGCUGUGAGUAGAGGACAAACAGGGACUUGGCGCCUGGUGCAACCGGCGAUUGACGAGGAGGCGAAGAUGGAGCAGGUCCGGCAAGGGGAGGUGCAGGGUGGCAGAGCAGGGAACUUGGCGCGGCGGUGGCCUGUCCUUGUAGAGGAGGUCGAGGCAGAGGUGGGACAUGGCGCCAGCGGGACUUGGCGCUAA